GGGCAAUAAUCAUGGCUCAUUUGAAUGGACACUAUCCGCAAUCCACACUGAGGUUUCAUCCCGGGUUCUAUCUAGGAAGGCUAACCUACGACAGGGUUUCGAUCGCCUUGACCAUCAUAGUUCCCUAUUCAUAUAUCUAUCUCGAUUUGUUGAUGGCACAUACACGUCUAACCCUAGAACUCCAUACCUAGGUUAAAAGCAUAAAGUAGGCUAAUAGAGAAGAUUAGGGCGACUUACCCAAACACAAUCAAGGAUAUAAUAUCAAUAGAAUCAACUAGAUAAACACAUCCAUUCAUUCAAAACCUAAAAUAUUCAUACAUUCGUACAUACAUAAUAAAUCCAAAAACUAGGGUUUGGGGUUUAGAACCCCUAGUACCUCAGAGGACUACUCCAUAAAGGAGGGAAGACGAAAUAUAAACGAAAUUGAAGAAGACUUGGGUUGAGGAAGAUGCUCCCUCUCUUCUAGCUCCCUCUCCUUCUUCUCCUUCCUUCAGCUUCUCUAUCUCCUCUCUCUCGAACACCAUAAAUUUCUCUCAAAAUCAACUCUUCUAAAAGGGGGAAAUGGGUCAUCUAUUUAUAGGCAAUCUGGGGAUGGAGAAGUUCGCUACCAGAAGCACAGAGAUCGCAGUCGUGAUCUUUGGAAGUGAGGCCGCAAUCUUGGAACACCGUCGUCUUGGCCUUGGGAAAUGAGCAAAUCGCAGGCUAACUUCGAGGUUGCGAUUCACGAGUCACGACCGCAAUCUUCCUCGCGGUCAGAUGAUGUUGUGGCCGUGAUUAGACCGGUGAAAGUCUCUGCUUCUCCCUGGCUCUUUCCUCUCCAAGUUCGCACCCUAAGCCUUCCAAUUUGCGGCCGCAAUCUGGGGCUUCCUGGUCUCGAUUUUCAGCUUGAGUUCGCGGUCUAUGUUGCCGGCCGUGAGCUUAAGCUUCCAGGCCAUGAUCUUGAGCUUCCUUCCCCUUUGCUGCUACACUUGUGACCUUGUUUUGCACCUAAUUCGCACAUAUUGUCUAAUACACCCUAAAAUCACAUCGAAUUCACAUAAGAACGAAAUAGGGAUGCAAUCGGCGAUGUUCAAGCUAUUGUGCACAUGAAUUGACACAAAACAAACCUUGAUAUGAGAUUUAAAUAACACUAAUUUAGGUGU